AUGUCUGACCCGAUUGAACAAUUUCAAAACCUUCGUCUUCAAGGCACAAUGCCCACGACUCGAUCUCAAGGCAGAGCCGCUGCCGGUGGUGAAGAUGUUCAGACUGUCCAGGGCGAGUCUGGCAUCACGUACGACAGCAGAGACCUCUCACCUGCAUCAUGGCAGCGGGCUGUCCAGGGCAUCCAAGGUGAAUUCGACGUGUCGUUUUGCGCCAAGCAUAAUGACUAUUAUGCAUUCGAGAUUGCAGAGAAUGGCCGUGCCUCUGUGCGUGUCUGGGACAAUAGACGCACUUGCUCCUGCGGAGACUUCCAAACACAACGCGGGCCAGCAGCGUGCAAGCACAUUUUCUGGCUGAUUGAGCAGCUCAAUUCGGUCUCAUCCGAUGAAGUGUCGUCUCCAGUCUCGCUCAACCGUGACGGCCAGGCAUCGGGCCAAGCUAAGAUGUUUGAACGCAUUGCCCUCGAGGGCUUGGAAUACAUUGCAGAGGAAAUGGACUGGCCGCUUGAACGGGAACAAGUGGUUGCUGUUCCUGAUAGAAAACGUGUCUUGCGAGACAUGCUCUCCGUCUUUGACCGCAACAGUACACUUCCCGAGGACUAUCGCCAGGAUAUGGUCGAUGCAGUUCCAGACACCGGAUUUGACGACGACGACGACGAAGAGACUUUUGUCAAGAAUGACUUUGAGGCCACCAUUUUCCGCCUCGCUAUUGAAGACGACGUCUUCUUCUCCCGCCUGCGCAAGCUGAUCAAUGCCGAACUCUGCGCGCAAGCCUACAUCUCCAAAAUACAGGCCAAUGCUAGAAAGAGUCUGGAUGCGCUGGAUCGGUUCGUGACUCAGGGGCCUGCGGCGACGGCCAACGACCGGGCUCCUCGACUGAACGUUAUCCAGUGCGCAGCAUCUUUGAAGAGGCUAGUCGCCUCUCUUCAGAAUGAUUUGAGAGCCCGUGCUCCAGUCACCGAGUCUACCAACUCAUUUGCCGCAAAGUUGCUUGUCUGGAUUCUCGACCAGGUGUCUGACCGCAACAAGGAUGCCUAUGCCCGAGUGCAAUGGGCUCGCCAAGCGCCUGCGGGCGAGAACGCCGCCGAUCGCAACCUCUUCUUGCGUCUCAUCGCUGGCGGCACCGACGAAAGCAACUUCUUCAUCCUUCAGAUUCUCCCGGACUUUGCCGACGUGCUUCGAGACUAUACCGAACAGCUGGCCAAAGUCGCCGACAAGCUCCGUAGAAGCGGUGCGCCAACGGCAUUUGUUCGUGCUCUGGACAAUGUCCUUUCCAUUAUUCCGAAGAGGAAGCGCACCACCUCUGGUGCCCGCCGUGGCAACGAGAAACGGAUGAAAUAG